GCUUGAGGCAACGCUUGAAACUGCAUUGCACCAGUGAAGCAUCUGUGCCACCCUUUUCCCUACGCCAAGACGGACAGGAUUGUCUGCUAAGCAGCAAUGGCUGGGGUGCCAGGAGUCGGUCUAGAUCUGGGUGGCCUUCGGGGCCACCAAAUUAGCUUCACCAUUCCACCAGCGGACCGGCCCACAGUAUCGAAGUGGCUGGGCGACGUAAAACAAUUCUUCAGAACAACGGCAUCUCAGGCCGCGGACGUGUCCAAAACAUUUGCGAUUGGCGCCGCUCCGGCAUUAGGACUAAAAAGCGGCACAGGAAUCAUCGGGGUUGCUGGGGGAGCCGUUGGAUAUGGCGGUGUCGGCGGUGGUGGGUCCGCGGGAGGAGUGGCCGCACCACCAGUCUAUGGCAUGGAAAAGAACUCACUGAUGAUGGAGGAUGUUCUCGAAGGCAUCACCGUGCAUUACGCUGUUCAACUGACUAGCGUCCUGGGACAUUUCCUGGAACCGGUCCGUGUCGAGGCUGCAAGACUGCUCAUAGCGCUCGCGGGAGUCUUCGACAAGAAAGGCGCCGUCGAGUGGAAGAAGAAGCUGGAUAGGGUCACCGCUGGAGUAGCUGGCCUACAAGCGACAUCCAUUGCGCCAGCUCCCGGCGGGCGAGACAGCAGCGCAGGCGGGUCGAGCUCCGGAUCAGGGACCGCCGCUGUGAUCAUCGAAGGGGCGUACGCAUCAUUUACGCCAAUCCACGAUCUAUUCCAUAUCAUCGGACAAGCUCUAUCGCCGCUGGCAGUGGCGCUUGUAGCAGGGCUUGAAUGCUUUUACACGUGCCCAGAUUGGACAGUGAGAGGGACCUGCAAUUCUGCCCUGGCCAGGCUGGUAUAUGAGAAUGCGAAGAUAUUCCUUGAAGAAGACCAGUUGGCUGCCAUCUGGAACCUUUUUUUCUCAUUGCAUUCAAUACCGCUCAUCUCCAAAGUGUUCCCGGAUCGCAUUGUCAUCAUCAAGGCUUUGGGUCUCCUUGCGCCUCUGUAUGUCCCCGCCGAUCCAGCUUUGGCAUAUCGCAUUGUGGAAUCAUUGCUGCGGCUAGACAAAAAGACUGUAAUGGAGAGGGAAGGCAUCAAAAGCACUCUGCAGAAGAUCUUUGACAAACUCAGCGAGCAGACAACGCCAUCCCAUGCUCCCGUACCACAGCAUGGGCUCACGACUGGGAAGGAAAACAUGGAGAAUGGGUUCAGCGUUUUUGUCAACCUGGUCAACCCAAAUGAUGAAUAUGCAUAUGACCUUCUUUCCUGGGCGCUUGAGACAUACAUGACGAGUCUGAUCCCGGCAGAAGCUGGAUCGGCAACGAAAAAAGUCGCAAAGAAAGUACCUACAGGCGGCUUUCCGGCAUUGACGGACUUUAUCAAAAGUCUGGCCAAUCACUUCCGCGCAACUCCUCCAUUAGUGCGCUAUGGAGCUUGUGUAUGUCUUCAUGCGGCUCUAGCGGUUUACCCAUCCCUGAUCGCCGACAACGGUGAGCUGUACAUAUAUAUCAUCACCGGUGCCCUUGACACGGACUAUCUCAGCGCAUUCCUUUACGUCUCCAUGCUUAACUCUGCUACAAUGACUCCCGCGCCAACAAAGCCGAUCGCCGUGAAGCCGGGAGCAGCCGCCCCACAGGACGACCAAUCGAUAUUGAAGACUUUACUGGACUCUUUGAGGGGCCAAGAUCGACAUAAGAACGUUGAUUACGACGCCAUGUACUCCAACCCGUCAGUCGGUGUUUCGCCCUCAGAGGUCAAGCUGAGCGAUGUACUAGAUGUCGCGAUUCGCGCAUGUCCACCAAUGUCACCGAAGCACUUGCAGAAGAUGGCGAAUGCAUUAGAGUACCUGAGCAAGGACAUGCAAUUGCGCCAGUUGGAGGCUAUACGGCUAUGGGGAACGAAGAGUGAAAAGUUCGACACCUUUUUGAUGCAAACAUUGGUGCCAUACUGCAACAGCAGCGAUGAGGAUAUCCAAAUGGCAGCAAUCAGGGUUAUCUCGUCGCUGAUACCCAGCUUUCAGACUGCUUCGCCAGCAGACAUAUCCUUUGCAUGGGGAUAUUUUCACGCGCUGAUGGAUCACAAUAUUAAAGCGACAACACUGGAGGCUGUUCUCGGUUUGAUUGAUGGAUUUCCAUUGGAGAAACUGGCUACAGAAUCUCGGGAGGAGUUCCUCAACACGCUCUUCGAGCUGAUCUUCCAUCCUGAACAUAUCGUGCGUUUUACUGUGUACGACGUUAUAGGACGUCUGUCGAACUUCUGGAAGAAGAGUGGUUUGUUCAAUUCUGCUGUGGGGAUUUUGAUUCUUUGCAUUGGUGAUCACAAUCGAACAUGUGCGAAAAAAGUUCUGGAGCACCUGUUCCGGCUUUCAGAUACCGACUUUCGUACGAUCGUGACUCCACUCGGAGCGGUAAAGGACGCCUUAGAUGAGUCGUUUCCAUCCCUCCUCAAAGCCUUCGACAGUCUCGCUUUUGCCAUGGCUCGGGAUCGAAUCGAAAUCAAAGCCCUCAUUGACGCCACAAUCGCUGAUCACAACGUAGACCAUUUUUGGGAUUUCUUUCUGGGCGACGUCGUGGAUAACCAGAUGGUCGAUCCAGACGAUUACAACUACGGCCGUAACUUCAUUCACGGACCCUUCUGGAUUGCAUUGCUGCUGACCAAGCUUGCAGUACCACCCCCGUCUAUCGCGGAAGGAGAGCCUCGCAAUGUCAUGCCUAGCACCCCGGCGGGCAAGCGACGGUACAUUUGCGGAUUCAUGCUUUGUAUCAUACCUACCUGCGGAAUGCCCGAUCCGAAACUACGAAGAGCCGGAUGUGUGUCUGCCGUGAGGUGCUGUUUCCGAGAACAAGCUCUGCACCCGGCCAUGCUGAGGGGAUUACUGGAGUUGGUCGGGCAGCAGUUCAUGACGCACAAACAGUGGACUUUCCAAACAUCAGCGCUGGACAUACUCCGCAUUGUUACGAGGCUGAAGAUUCCUGGAGUUUCUUCGUCGAUGUUGAUACAGUACGGCGACUCCACACUGGAUAUAGCGUAUAAUUCACCAUCGGCCAUAGUCAAAAUUGGAGCUCUCGAGCUGCUGGAAAUCUUCCUGCUAGUGUUUCCACAUGGAGUUGCAAACAAAUUGCAGGAAAUCCGCGACGUAGCUCGUGCUCUCAUUGUUGACGACGAUCAGGAUGUCGUCAAGAGCGCCUCUCGCAUCUUCCCGCUUGUGUUUCGGUGUACGCCUGAAGCCCAAUCGCAUGAUUUUGUGGAGAACUUGAAGAAUGAACUGGCAACUAUCCAGAAGGAUAUGUUGGAGGUCGCCGGCGAUCCCAUGGUGGCCAACUCAACGAGGGAGGAGAUGGACCGCGUGGUGCGAUUAUCACUGGUCGCCAUGGGUGCUAUCAACGAUGCAUCCGUAUCCGUCACAAUCCAUCAGGAACUGAUCCCCUACCUUCGGUCAAACCAAAUCUCGUUCCGAAACGCUGCGCUGUCUUCAAUUCUGGCUCAACUACCGAAUCUGCCUGCAUCACAUAGUAUUAUCAUGAUAUGGGUUCUUUUGCCCAUGUAUGCCGAUUACAGUGAAGCGGUACGCCUAACGUUUUCAAAGUAUUUGCGGCGAAUCCCCUCAAAGCUAGAUGCAUUGAGUAAAUUCCUCCCGCCGCAUCCUGACGAUAGUCUCGUACUGCCUGUCGUCUCGUGGGAGGAACUGUUAAGCGACAACGCGUCGUACACUGUUAGCUCAAAGAACAUCAACGACAUCCUGAAUGAUCUAGAGGGGCUGACGACAGGAUCGGAGGUGGAGACUCUCCCGAUUGAGGACGACGGAUUUCGCAUCCCUUGUAUAUCACCCAAGCUGAUGGCUCGAAUCAAAGAGCUGUCAAGGGGCAUUGCUGGGCCUGUUCCAGCCGGGAGUAUUGGCGAGGUCACCUAUCACCUUGCUCAGCUGCAAAAGCAUCCGCGGAUGCAGGCACAUACCCUGUUGGUUCUCUCAGAAUUCAGCUGCGUUCACGAGUCCACUCUCAAUGAAACCAUCGAGCUGUUCGUAAACCAGCUAAGCCGCGACAUCACCUCAGAGAACACCGCAGUCAUUGAGGCGUGUAUGCUUGGGUUACGGAAUGUGGCGGAAUUCUCUCCUGCCGCUUUCAAGCAGAUCCUCGCAAAGAUCUCUAGCGUGCCUGUUGUCAGCGAAGGUGACUUGAUCGCCAUGUUUUACAUGACAGACCUGAUACAAGACGUGUGCGCUCAGAGGGCGCCGGAGCUGCUACGGAAGUAUAUCCCCAUCAUUACUAGUCAGCGACAUCCUAUGCGCAAACGGCUGUAUGCGGUCUACUUGACAGUUGAGCUUGCUUUGUUUGCGGGUCAGGAUGAGAUGGUACGCACUUUGGACGCUAUACAGAUUCUUUUGGACACCACCAACGAGGUGGAAACAAGACGCAAAGUAUACGGCACAUUGGGCAAAAUCUUGGCCCAUGGUGCUCCGAAGCACUCUCUGUUUCGGAGCUUGCUCAAUACUGCGAAGAAGGAGAUUCGAUCAAAGGAUCCAACGGCCCGUAUGCGCACAUUGGAUGCCAUCAAGAUCCUCGCAAAAUACAUGUCGAGUGAAGAGGCGGUCUGGUUUGCGUUCCUGUACCUCGCCGACUCCAACCGCGACAUUCGGGUGAAAGCAAGAGAGGUGCUCGCACUAGAGGGAAUGCUCGAUUUUGUGCUGGCACCACUGCGCUCAUACAAGGCAAACCCAUCUGCCCGUCGGUCGGAUGUAAUCGAAACCGGCAAGCUCCUCUCAUUAGAAAAGCUUGGCAUGGAUAUCAGUGCGCGAAUCGUUGACAAACCAAGCGCCAUGCAUAUACCACUCGCGGACGAAGAUCCAUACAACAUACAGUGGUAUCGUUCAGAACGUCGUCGGAAAUUUACAGAGACUUAUGGGAUGAGUGAAGCUUUGUUCGCACGUUCCAUGCUACCUCUCCCGCAAAGCAUCAUGCAGGUUGUGCAAGAGAAGUCAGCCGCUGGGAGAAGCCCAUCACCGGAGACGGUAGCAAAGUACACAUGGCUCUUGAAUGUUGAUACCAUAGCCAUUCUUCGCGAGUGCAUCAAAAAGCAUCCGCAGGUUGCAGCCGACCUCGCGGAAAGCACGCUCCAGCGGAUCGAAUACGACAUUCUCCCCCGCGACCCCACCGCACCGCCGACAGGUGAGGCCGCGGCACAUCGCGGCGCUCCCGGUUUUAGCGAAAGUGAUGAGUCCCUUGGAAACAAGCCUGGGGAAGACCAGGAUGAAAUGGAUAUCGAAGCUGAAGUGCACAACAUCGAUGUCUUGUCCAAUUUGCUCUUUGCGCAUGAUGGAAUAGGCGACCGGGUACCGGGAUGGGUGGAUCGCCUGCGCGAGCUAGUCGCGGCGUGCAACAACACGGCCAGCACCAUACGUGAGAAUUUGUACAACGACCUCGAAAACAGCUUCUUCUUCUUCAAUGAGUAUAUUGACAUCCCGAUUGUGAGUGACGAGCAAUACAACGCUCUCGAAUCAUUCAAAGCUGCUACGCAGGAAGCAACUAUGGAGAUUGUCAAAACCGGGAAGACAGACAAGUUCACUGCGCUGGAGAGGCGGAAGAACGAACUAAACGACGCCGUCGACGCCAAAAGCGAGCAACUCCGGCGACUCACACUGCUUGCUCUCCAUGGCAUUUCAGGGUAUGGCCUGUUCCACGCCUUGUCUAUGGCGUCAUCUGAGGCGCGCCUUAUUACGGCGUUCCAAUUCCUGUCGAACCUCUUGGAAAACGAGCACCGAGGCAUCCGUAUCGCGACGGUAGAAGCACUCGUCAGUAUGACAAUGAUACAGCUAGAGCCGCCCGCUCCGCCGAAGGCGACCUAUGUAAACGCGAUCAAGACAGUGAUCACAUCUUUCCUGCCCAGGCUGGUUGAUGGGACGACGGAGCUGUAUCGAAGGAAAGCUGAUCUCCUCACGGCCACCGCUCAACUGCUCCCGUACAUACCUGGAGAUCGUGCAUUGCGCUUGGAUUUCAUCCGCGUGCUUGUGCAUCUUUGGCGUGACCCAGACGGGGACGUUCGCACUUCUGCCAUUAAGAUGGUACAGAUGCUCGGCGAAUCGGGUGUGGCAGAAAUCACCGAAUGUUUCCAGAAUACCGAGACCGAACCCCGACCUGCAGCCAAAGACUCGGGCAAAGGCCUCAAAACACCUUCGUCAAAACCCGACUCCGUCACGGCCUCAAAACCGACGUCACCACCGCAUUCGUUCAGUCUCACUGGUGAUACUUCCGCGCCGAACAUCAUGAAGCAGCUUGCAGAACUCAUCAACAAUCUCGAAUACCCUGAGAAAGAUGGUUUGCAAGAACUGCUGAAAUGGCGCUUUGCGCUCGGGCAACCGACACAAGCUUUUACACCGCCCACCGGACAAAGGCCUACAACAACGGCUUCCUCUGGAGCAGCUUCCAGUGGAGCAUUGAGUGGGUCUGGGAACGCCAGUCGCGCAACAACUGGGAAACCAUCAAAGACAUGAAAGCCGGUGCCGAAACAUUGCGUACUGAAAACCAGUCGUUUUUGGAUAGGAAUGCAUUUCAGCAUAUGGAACUU